AUGGCGGAGGAAACAAUUAUGUCUAUGAAUGAUCAGGCAAUUAAAAUUGAACCACCAGAAUAUUCACCAGAAGACAUUAAACUCGAAAUAGAGGAUGGUUUUGAUGAUCCUGAUGUUAAAUCUGAAUCGUGUUCUGAAGAUGGUGAUACGUGUUUACAAAGAUUCAUGAAUUCCGAAGUGACAAUUGAAGAAGAAGUCAAACAGGAGUUAGUCGAGUCAUCAAUUUAUGAAUGUGACAUUUGCAAUAGAUCAUUUCCAGAAUCAGACCAUUUAAAAAAGCAUAUGGCCGAUCAUAUUCCUAGUAAUAGCAAAGAAUGUUCUUUCAAAUGCGAAGUCUGUUACAAGGCUUUUAAUCGAUUAAGUAAUCUGAAAAGGCACAUGCUCAUUCACAGUGGUGAGGGCGCCCAUGAUUGCAAUUUAUGUAAAAAGACAUUCACGCAAUCAGGUGGUCUGAAACGACACAUGCUGACGCACAGUGGGGUUCGCCCUCAUAAAUGUGAUUUUGUAAUAAGUCAUUCACACUCAUCUAGUCUGAAAAGUCACAUGCUGAUACACAGUAGUGUACGUCCUCAUGAAUGCAAUAUAUGCAAAAAAACAUUCAGGCAUUUAUGUAAUCUGAAAAGUCACAUGCUUAUUCACAGUG